AUGUAUAAUUAUCAUGAGAAGGGAAGAGCUCCUGAUCUUGAAAGUGUAUUGGAAGACUUCAUGACAUAUCAAGCUAGCUCUAAAGAAGGGUUGUCUAAUCUGGAUGACCUGUUAAUGCAAUUCAAGGGUACAAUAGAUUCAAUGCAACAAGCAAUUAAAAGAGCUGAGACUCGGAUUGGUAAGUUGGUGGACGACAUGAUUAAAGUUGUGGUCAGAAGAGAAGAAGAGUAUGCAGAGAUUGAAACACAUCAAGAAAGCAUUCUUCAAGUUAACACAAUACAUCAUCAAUUGAUAACCAAAGAAGAAAAGGAUGAAGUCUCCAUUAUUCCAGAAUAUCCCUGCAUAACAACUACUGGAUAUGUUGUAGGCAAAGAUAAAGGUCGGUUGGAACUCAGUGUAGAGGAUCAGAAAAUCUCCUUUGACCUCUUUGAAGCAAUGAAGCACCCAGAUAUGAGUGAUGCCUAUUUUGAAGAAGAAGAGGUGGAGCAGGAGAUAACAUUAUCAGCUUCAACCAUGGUACUGCAGUUCCCUUUGGAAAAAGAACCUAAUUAUGUGACAGACUGCCUAGUUUGUGAUGAAGAGCUUGAUGAUCCAAAAGACAACUCUGUUGGUCAUGUGGUUCUUGAAGAAUUAGAAAAAAUUAGACCAACAGAAAAGCCUAAAGCAGAAUUGAAGAUCCUUCCAGUGCAUUUAAAGUAUGUAUUCUUGGAGGAUAAUGAGACUAAACCCGUUAUAAUUAGCAACUCCUUGCAGAAAGAAGAAGAGGAUCAAUUGGUACAUAUUCUAAAAAGUCGUAAAGCUGCUAUUGGUAGGCACAUCUCUGAUUUAAAAGGAAUCAGUCCAUCAUAUUGUAUGCACAACAUCAAUUUGGAAGCUGAUUACAAGCUCGUGAGACAACCUCAGAGAAAAUUGAAUCCUAUAAUGAAAGAAGAAGUAAGAAAAGAAGUGCUCAAGUUGCUAGAGGUAGGGCUCAUCUAUCCAAUUUCGGACAGUUCAUGGGUUAGUCUUGUUCAAGUUGUCCCGAAAAAAGGAGGUAUGACAGUGGUCAAGAAUGAUAGAGAUGAGCUGAUUCCUAUAAGAACAGUCACCGAAUGGAGAAUGUGUAUUGAUUACAGGAAGCUCAAUGAAGCCACAAGGAAAGACCAUUACCCACUUCCCUUCAUGGACCAAAUGCUUGAGAGACUUGUAGGGCAAUCUUUCUACUGUCAUGCUGGAUUUUAUCGGCGAUUCAUUAAAGACUUCUCCAAAAUUGCUAAACCCCUAAGUAAUCUGGUGAACAAGGAUGUUGUGUUUUUGUUUAAUGAAGAAUGUUUAGAAGCCUUUAACACUCUCAAAGCCAAGUUGGUCUCUGCUUUUGUGAUUACAACACCAGACUGGGGACAAGAGUUUGAAUUGAUCUGUGAUGCAAGUGAUUAUUCCGUAGGUGUUGUGCUGGGGCAGCGGAAGGGCACAAUGUUUCAUACUAUCUAUUAUGCUAGCAAAGUUUUGAAUGAUGCUCAUAUUAACUAUGCCACCACUGAGAAAGAAUUGUUGGAAAUCAUUUAUGCACUUGAGAAAUUUCGAUCUUAUCUGGUGGGAUCAAAGAUAGUGAUUUACAUUGAUCACACAACAAUUAAAUAUUUGUUGUGCAAAGCUGACUCCAAGCCACGAUUGAUUAGAUGGAUAUUGUUGCUUCAAGAAUUUGAUUUAGUCAUCAAGGACAAGAAGGGUUCUGAAAAUAUGGUAGCAGACCACCUAUCCAGAUUAGUGAAUGAAGAGGUCACUUUAAAGGAGGAUGAAAUAAAAGAUAAGUUUCCUGAUGAAUCUUUGUUUUUAAUUGCAGGGAGACCCUGGUUUACUGAUAUGGCUAAUUUCAAGGUAGCAGGUGUCAUUCCCAAAGACCUCAAUUGGCAGCAGAGAAAGAAAUUCUUUCAUGAUGCCCGACAUUAUAUUUGGGAUGAUCCACACUUGUUCAAAGUAGGUGUAGACAAUCUUCUUCGAAGAUGUGUGACAAGUGAGGAGGCCAAGGGCAUAUUGUGGCAUUGUCACAAUUCACCGUGUGGCGAGCAUUAUGGCAGAGACAAAACAGUAGCAAAGGUGUUGAGUCAAUAUCAUGUAAAUCAUAGAGUGGCAUCCCCCUACCACCCUCAAACUAAUGGGCAAUUCGAAGUAUCCAAUAGAGAAUUAAAGAAAAUACUAGAGAAAACAGUGGUGUCAACCAGAAAAGAUUGGUCAGCCAAAUUGGAAGAUGCACUAUGGGCUUACAGAACUGCAUACAAAACUCCAAUUGGUCUGUCUCCUUUUCAACUGGUGUAUGGCAAAUCAUGUAAUUUACCAGUUGAAAUGGAACCCAAGGCAUAUUGGGCUCUGAAAUUUUUGAACUUUGAUGAGAAGGCAUCCAGGGAGCACAGAAAGAUCCAAUUGUUGGAGCUAGAAGAAAUGCAAUUAACAGCUUAUGAAUCUUCAAGACUUUACAAAGAAAAAGUCAAGACCUAUCAUGACAAAAAACUAUUGAAGAAAGACUUCAAACCGGGACAACAGUUACAGAUGGCAUCGAGAAAAAGGGCUAGAGCAUAUGACAUCCCUUCAUCAUCCACUCCAGCUCCUCCGUCAGCAACCAUAGGACCGGAUGUCUAA